AUGGCCUCUGGUGGAGAGGAAAGAGGAGUCAGGCAGCUUACUCAGGUAAGGAAAGAGCUUUGGGGAAUCGGAUAGGAGAGAAGAGCGGCAUAGAUGGGACCACCCAGCCUCCUUCUGUGUUGAGUGGGGAUGAUGGGGAUCUAAGAGAAGCUCUGUUUUCUUCUUCUUCCAGGCCCUCUUGACCUUUGUGGAGGUGGCUGUGUUUUUCACGGAGGAGGAGUGGGCUCUGCUGGAUUCUGGCCAAAGAGCUUUGCACAAGGAAGUCAUGCAGGAGAAUUAUGAGAUGGUGGCCUCUCUAGGUAAGGACACAUUUUUAUUCCUCCUGGCUGUUUGAUGUUGAAGUUGCAAAACUACUGUUUGAGCCAUUUAUUCAUGCCUUGUCUUCCUCUUUGGCGAAGCCUUGUAGCCAAAUAAGAUUGUCUUCCAUGAACAUGGUCUUAAUGGUGUGUCCGUAAGUGACUGUAGAGUCCAAUUCUGGAUCCACGCAUCCUUCCACAGUGGGGACAUAGGUUUCCGGGCAGGAGUUAAUUACAGUGAGCCUUUGCCAAAUGUGCUUUCCUCUUAGCUUGUUUCUCCCUUUCAUCCUGAGUUUGUGCUUCUUCAAAGUCCAUGACGCCUUUGGUAAAGGUUAUUCUCUAAUUGGAUAACAACAACAACAACAACAAUUUAUCAUUUCUACCCCGGCCAUCUGGCUGGGUUACCUCAGCCACUCUGGGCAGCUCCCAAUAAUUUUUUAAAAAUGGAAUCAAACAUUAAAAACUUCCCUAAAAAGGGCUGCCUUCAGAUGUCUUCUAAAAGUCAGAUAGCUGUUUAUUUCCUUGACAUCUGAUGGGAGGGCGUUCGACAGGGCGGGCGCCGCUACCAAGAAGGCCCUACCUGGUUCCCUGUAACCUCACAUCUCGCAGUGAGGGAGCGCUCGCAAACCACUGUUUCCCAAUUUUCUGUGCUUAUACUGCAUUUUUAAGAUUUGCCUUGAGACCGUCUUUAAGCCUCUUUUGUUGUCCACCGGUAUAUCAAUUUCCAUUCUUAAAUUGGGAAUAGAGUGGUUUCUUUGAAAGACGAUAAUCAGGCAUCUGAACAAUAUGACCAGCCUACCGAAGUUGAUGUUGAAGAUUGUUCUUUAUAGCAACACUGUACUUUUGUCAGUAGGUAACUCUUCAUAAGCUGAUACUGUGGUAUGAAUUCGCAAAAAAACCUAUGUAUAAUAUACAAAGAGACACCAUACAAAUAGUGGUGGCAUGAGCCUUACUGGUACACGUCAUUUAUUAGCUUUUAAUGAGCCAUCAGAUACUAUGCUGUCUUUGCUUCACAAGAUUAAUCUUUUUCAAUAUUUUUACAGUCACAUAUGACAUAAACAGCACUUCUGUUUUACUUAUUCCUCAUAGCAGAGACAUUAAUACAGCGGUACCUCGGGUUACGAACUUAAUUCGUUGCGGAGGUCUGUUCUUAACCUGAGGCGUGUUUUCGCUAAUGGGGCCUCCUGCGCCGCCGCCACGUGAUUUCCAUUCUCAUCCUGGGGCUCGCAACCCAGAGCAACUACUUCCGGGUUAGCGGAGUUUGUAACCCAAAGCUUUUGUAACCCGAGGUACCACUGUAUUCAAGUCUGAGCUCAUCUUCUCACUUGGAACAGAAAAAUACAGGGGUGUUGUCAUGGACCAAUUGAGAGGUCCAUACUUCCACUUUGCUGUGAGACUGUACCUUUGUAUGUCUCCUUUCAGUGUGUAUGAAUAUAAAAAGAUCCCUUUUGGAUCAGAACAAGGGCCAAUCUUUGCCAGCACCCUGGUGCAGGUUUAGGUGAUGUGAACAGUUUCCUGGAAUGUAUCAGCGAGAUAUUGCAGAUCAGGGAGGAAGGAGUCCUGAAUACAGAGUCAUAGCAAUUUCACAAGAGGGGGAAGAUGGGGUAAGUGUGUAUGUCCAGAGGUUGCUGCAUUACAACUCCCAUCAUCCCUGGUCAUUGGACUUCUUUUAUUGGGUUGAUGGUUCUUAGAUUCCGGCCACAACUGGAGGGCCAUAGAUGCCUCAAAUCAGCACAGAAGGUUUCUCUUGGUAUUCAGUGUUACAUGCGAGUUGAAGGUAAAACUGGAUACUAAGGGUUCUGGAGAUUAUUUUCAGAUUUCCUUUCUUUUCCUAAAGAUGUGGUACAUGGGAGAGGGAGGAAUGCUGGAGGUGUUAAAAUAGGAGAAGGUGCUGAUUGGUCUUGCUGAGUGUUACGUUCUCUUGUUCUCUUCCUUGAAUACCUAACAAAAUUCUCUUUCUCUCCCACUUUCAACCAGGUGAUGGAGAAGACAACCAGAAUUUUGACGGGCCAUCUGUAAAGUACUUCAGCAUGAGUGAACAUCGUAGCACACAACUACAAACUCAUACAGGAGAGAAACCCUUUAAAUGCAUGGAGUACGGAAAGAGCUUCAGUGAGAGUGGAAAUCUUACAAGACAUCAACAAAGUCACACAGGGGAGAAACCAUUUAAAUGUAUGGAGUGCGGAAAGAGCUUCAGUCGUAGUGCAAGCCUUACUAUACAUCAACGAACUCACACAGGGGAGAAACCAUAUAAAUGUAUGGAGUGCGGAAAGAGCUUCAAUCAGAAUGCAAACCUUAUUGUACAUCAGCGAACUCACACAGGGGAGAAACCAUUUAAAUGUAUGGAUUGUGGGAUGGGUUUCAGUGAAGGUGGAACACUGACAAGACAUCUACGAACUCACACAGGGGAGAAACCAUUUAGAUGUAUGGAAUGUGGCAAGAGCUUCAGUCAGCGUUCAUACCUUACUAUACAUCUUCGAACUCACACAGGGGAGAAACCAUAUGAAUGUUUGGAGUGCGGAAAGAGUUUCAAUCAAAGUGUACAUUUGAGAAUACAUCAACGAACUCAUACAAGGGAGAAACCAUAUAAAUGUUGGGAGUGUGGAAAGUGCUUCAGUAAGAGCGUAACUCUUAGAAAACAUCAGCAAUCUCACAGGGAAGCAACGGUUUAA